AUGGAGCCUGACAGGACUGUAAAGUUCAACCAGACACUGGUGACUGAAUUCGUGCUUCAGGGGUUCUCAGAACACCCCUCACUGCACCUGCCGCUGCUGGGUUGCUUCCUGGUGCUCUACAUAGUGGCUCUCACGGGCAACACUCUGAUUGUCACUGUGGUGGGUAUCAGCACCACCCUCCACAGCCCCAUGUACUUCUUCCUGUCCAACCUGGCCACCAUGGACAUCAUCUGCACCUCCACGAUCCUGCCCAAGGUGCUGGCAGGUCUGGCUGCUCAAGAACACACCAUCUCCUAUGCAGGCUGCAUGGCCCAGCUUUUCUUCCUCCUCUGGUCUACAUCCUCAGAGCUGCUCCUGCUCUUGGUCAUGGCCUUUGACCGCUACGUGGCCAUCUGCCGCCCACUGCACUAUAAUACCAUCAUGAGCCCACAGGUGUGUGUGGCACUGGCUGGGAGUGUCUGGGGCAUCUGUGCUCUGAAUGCCUCGGUCAACACAGGUCUGACUACAAUGCUGAACUUCUGUGGGCCUCGUGUCAUCAUUCACUUCUUCUGCGAGAUCCCCCCACUGCUGCUGCUCUCCUGCAGCCCCACGCAAGUGAACAGCAUCAUGACUGUCUUGGCUGAUGGGUUCUAUGGCUUCACCAACUUCUUGCUCACCCUGGCCUCCUAUGGCUGCAUCGUGGCCAGCAUCCUGCGUAUCCACUCUUGGGAGGGCAAGCGCCGUGCCUUCACCACCUGCUCCUCCCACCUCAUCGUGGUCUCUGUGUACUACACUGCUGUGUUCUAUGCCUACAUCACUCCUGCCUCUAGCUACAGCCCCGAGAGGAGCAAAGUGGCAGGGGUGCUGUAUACAGCACUGAGCCCUACCUUGAACCCCCUCAUCUAUACAAUGCGGAAUAUGGAGUUCCAGCGUGCCCUGGGCAAGCUCCUUCCCUUCUGCCAGAGUUGA